GCUCCCUAGUCCGGAUCCCUGCACUCGGUGUCACGACGGGAGGAGACUUGGGACGUGCUCCUGCCCAGUCACCACCCUCCCUCCCCCAUCUUCGUGGUGCCUUGAGCACCUUUGCAAGUGGCCCCAGCUGAGGGGCUGAUUGCUAGACUCGCACCCAACUUGUCAGCCCUGGGAUUGAGAUCUUGCACUCAAGGGACUCCUCUGGAGCCUGUGGACUUGGAGCUAUCAGCGCCCCCCUCCCCGCGCCCCGCCUCCCUCUCCUGCCUUUUUUGGGGAGGAGCUCUCCGCGAUCCGGAGAGUUCCCGAGGGUCACCCGCCGCACUGUGCUCGCUUUUCGGUCUCGCCUUCACCUGGAUAUAAUUUGCGAGCGAAGCUGCCCCCAGGAUGACCACGCUGGCCGGCGCUGUGCCCAGGAUGAUGCGGCCCGGCCCGGGGCAGAAUUAUCCACGCAGCGGCUUCCCGCUGGAAGUGUCCACCCCUCUUGGCCAGGGCCGAGUCAACCAGCUCGGAGGAGUUUUUAUCAACGGCAGGCCUCUGCCCAACCACAUCCGCCACAAGAUCGUGGAGAUGGCCCACCACGGCAUUCGGCCUUGCGUCAUCUCUCGCCAGCUUCGCGUGUCCCACGGUUGCGUCUCUAAGAUCCUGUGCAGGUACCAGGAGACAGGCUCCAUCCGACCUGGUGCCAUUGGCGGCAGCAAACCCAAGCAGGUGACAACGCCUGACGUGGAGAAGAAAAUUGAGGAAUACAAAAGAGAGAACCCGGGCAUGUUUAGCUGGGAAAUCAGAGACAAAUUACUCAAGGACGCUGUCUGUGAUCGGAACACUGUGCCCUCAGUGAGUUCCAUCAGCCGCAUCCUGAGGAGUAAAUUUGGAAAAGGAGAAGAGGAGGAGGCAGAUCUAGAAAGGAAGGAAGCAGAGGAAAGCGAGAAAAAGGCUAAACACAGCAUCGAUGGCAUCCUGAGUGAGCGAGCCUCUGCACCUCAAUCAGACGAAGGCUCCGACAUUGACUCUGAACCUGAUUUACCCCUGAAGAGGAAGCAGCGCAGGAGUAGAACCACCUUCACCGCAGAGCAGCUGGAGGAACUGGAGCGCGCUUUCGAGAGAACCCAUUACCCAGACAUUUACACCAGAGAGGAGCUGGCCCAGAGGGCGAAGCUUACCGAGGCCCGAGUGCAGGUCUGGUUUAGCAACCGCCGUGCAAGAUGGAGGAAGCAAGCUGGAGCCAAUCAGCUGAUGGCUUUCAACCAUCUCAUUCCGGGGGGAUUCCCUCCCACCGCCAUGCCGACCCUGCCAACAUACCAGCUGUCGGAGACCUCUUACCAGCCCACGUCUAUUCCGCAAGCCGUGUCAGAUCCCAGCAGCACCGUUCACAGACCUCAGCCGCUUCCUCCGAGCACUGUACACCAAAACACUAUCCCUUCGAACGCAGACAGCAGCUCUGCCUACUGCCUCCCCAGCACCAGGCAUGGAUUUUCAAGCUAUACGGACAGCUUUGUGCCUCCGUCCGGGCCCUCCAACCCCAUGAACCCCGCCAUUGGCAAUGGCCUUUCACCUCAGGUAAUGGGACUUCUGACCAACCACGGUGGGGUACCGCACCAGCCUCAGACCGACUAUGCUCUCUCCCCUCUCACUGGGGGCCUGGAACCCACCACUACGGUGUCAGCCAGCUGCAGUCAGAGACUGGAACAUAUGAAGAAUGUGGACAGUCUGCCUACAUCUCAGCCCUAUUGUCCCCCCACCUAUAGCACCACAGGCUACAGUAUGGACCCUGUCACAGGCUACCAGUAUGGGCAGUAUGGACAAAGUGCCUUUCAUUAUCUCAAGCCAGAUAUUGCAUAAGUGAACUGUCCACUUGGAGCCCUGUUUCCGGCCUCCACAGACUAGACAUGAAGAAUCUUCUCAGAAACAAACAUAACAAAACAAUAAAAAAA